GUUAGUGGAGUUUUAAAAACUAACGUUAUUCAUUUAUGUAGAAACAAUUGUAGUACCAAACAUGGCUGGUCUUCAUCAUCAACUGACAAUGUUAUGGCAGACUGGUGCCAAAAGAUGUAGUUUUUCUUUUUUUACAAGAUUUCUAUGGUCGAGUUGUAGCAGAAAUAACCAAGUAACAGAAAAGAGAGGAAUUUUUGGAAAAAAGUACAUCCCACGUAGAGCUGUAUUAUAUGUUCCAGGUGAUGAUGAACGAAAAUUAAAAAAAGUUCCCACUUUAAAUGUAGACUGUGCAGUGCUGGAUUGUGAAGAUGGUGUAGCUUUGAGCAAGAAGGAAGAAGCUCGUAAGACUAUUCGACACAUGCUGGAUCAAGUAGAAUUUGGUCGAACCGAAUGUGUGGUAAGAAUGAACUCGGUUGACAGUGGUUUAGCAAGUGAUGAUAUGAAGGAAGUAUUCAAAGCUGGGAGACUUCCUCCAACUAUCAUGUUUCCAAAAGUGGAAAGUGUGGAUCAUGUUGAGUGGAUUUCUGAAGAACUAUUUAAGCACUUACGGACACGAACUCUGGUGGAUAAAAUAAAUCUCAUCAUCUACAUAGAAAGUGCCAAAAGUUUACUUGACCUUAGAACUAUUUGUCAACGAGCUGUUGAUUUAUCAGAAAAGGGUCUGUUUAUUCUGGAUGGAGUUGUUUUUGGAUCAGAUGAUUUUUGUGCUGAUAUUGGAGCAACAAGAACAUUACAAGCCAAAGAAGUACUUUUGGCACGUCAAAACAUUGUGCUGGUUGCGAAGUCAUUGAAAAUACAAGCUGUGGACCUUGUAUAUAUUGACUAUAAAGAUUUGAAAGGGCUAAAGGAGCAAUCUCUGGAGGGAGCACAGAUGGGAUUCACUGGAAAACAGGUUAUUCAUCCAAGCCAAAUUCCCAUUGUGCAAGAGGCCUUUGCACCAUCGACUGAUAAAAUUGAAUGGGCCAAAGAAUUAAUCAAAGAAUUUAAAGAGCAUCAAAUGAGUGGAAUGGGAGCCUUUGAAUUCCGUGGAGCGAUGAUUGAUAAGCCAUUACUACUUCAAGCUCAAAAUAUUGUGCAACUAGCAGAAGUCCUUGAGUUGUGAUCAUUUUGUUUGUUGUAUAGAUUACCAACAGCUGGUGCUUAAUUUCUGGAAAAAACAUACUGGAUCUCUGUUGAAGGAUCGGUAGCAAAAUUAAGUUUGGGACAGGACUGGAGGAAAUAAUGUUGUUGACAAUUUCAUUCAAAUAUCAGUUUUUAAUGCAAACAUGACAAUUUUAAAAUUAUGUAUAGUGUUUUUGCUUCUUGUUUUAAAAAAUGUAUAUAUCCAAAAUGGCUUCAUGAUCUCGGGUAAAGAAAGGUCUGGCACAGAUUAACGACUGUCAUGUGAAUAAUGAAACUAAAGCUAGUUAUUCAUAUGUGAAACAUGAUUUUUAUUAUUUAUGUAUUAUAUAAGUUGUGUUGUUUUUAAGAUUUUAAGUUGGACACAAGUUCUUUUGGACAGAAAUUCCAUCUGUUAUUUGUAUAAGCUUAAAAUAGGAAUCUAGCCUUGUCACAAAUUAAAGGUUCCUGAAUUUUUUAAAUAAAUUAUUUCACAGAUUUAGAAGUUGUGUUUCAGGUGUCUGUUAAUAUACAUUUAGUGUUUCUACUUUAAAAAUAAUGAAGAUGUUUUCAAGAUUUAUGAAAGUUCAGAAUACAAUAUCAAAGAAGGUCUGAACUUUUGUUAGUAGUAAUUUGCAUAAUUUAUUGGUGGCAUCACCAUAACAGUUUGUUUAUAUUUAAAAUAUUACUUACAUACAUGCCAUGAAAUAAAGCAUCUCGCGUACAGUUUAAAACACAUUAUGUAAAACAGUAAUCAUGAUUUCAUAUUUUAAAAUAUAAAUGCAUUUCUAUACAUGUAUUUCAUGCUACUUUAAAGAGUGCUUUCUUACAUCCAAGUUAAGGACCUACAUCUGGCGCAGAUGAAACAAGUCUUUUAACAGUCACCAUUCCUAAAGUAAUAGAACUUUGAACUUAACACUUUGGCUGCCACAUAAUAAAUUAAGUAUAAAUAAAAUUAAACAUUCAAAUGUGUGUAUUUCAGUCAAUGUAUUUUCUUUCAAACACGUAUCUCUCAAGCCUCCAGCCAUCUGUGACAACUUUGUCUUUAACAGUCAAUUGUAUGGCCAGAUAGAUGGCAUUUUGAUGGGUUCACCACUAGGACCCUCGCUAGCUAAUAUUUUUCUUUGUAACCAUGAGCACAUGUGGCUGAACAAGUGUUCUCCUGACGUUACACCCACGCUCUACAAAAGUUAUACCAUAACACUUCUCAUAUAAUUGGUGCUGAGUAAAUAUUUUAUUGAAUUUAUGCAGUUGCUAAACAUUAUCCCUGGUACUUGGUCACAAAUGGCCUAGAUGUUAGGGCGCUCGACUCUCACUGUGAGGGUUCAGGGCUCGAAUGCUUGUAACCGAAUAUGCUUGUCCUUUCAACCAUGAGGGCGUUAUAAUAUGAUGGUCAAUCCCACUAUUAAUUGGUAAAAGAGAAGCCCAAGAGUUAGCGGUAGGCUCUGCUAAAUUAGGGACGGCUAGCGAGAAAGCCCUCGUGUGGCUUUGCCCGAAAUUAAACACAAAAACAAAACCUGAUGAUUUUCAAGUUGCACAGCAAGAAGAAAAUACUGUAAAAUAACUUUAACAGAGGGGACGUACUAUUUGUCAUUAUAUAAUUAAACUUUAAUUUUCUGAUUUUGUUUUAUUUUUAUUUUCCUUAAAAUAUACUAAGGGGAAAUACUAACCAUUAGAAAUGUAUUUUUUAACAAGCCUUCAGUCAUACAGCAUAUAACGUCCAUAAAUGGUAAAAUAAGUUGUAGUAAAAUAUUAUAAAAUUAGCAAUUUCUACAGUGAAUAUACAGUGUGCGAAAAGUCUGGAACCACAGGCACUUCAACGAAUUUAAUAGAAUGCUGCCCUUGUAAUUCAAAAACGUUUAGAUGAACAGCAUGAUUAACUCGACCUUCUCAUUCUUUGGCAGCGCCAUAACCAGUCACAUACCUAGAAUUAAGGAAAGUUGCAAAUCACCUAUGGUUCCUGACGUUUCGGACACCCUGUAUAUGUUCAUACCUAUCUGUUGUAUUUAAAACUUUGUAUGCACAAAAUAAACAGUCCUAGUUCAUUCUCUUAAAUUUAGGGCCUGGAAAGGCCUGGUGGUUAGGGCAUUCGAAUCCCCGUCACCGAAUAUACUCGCUCUUUCAGCCACGGGUGCGUUAUAAUGUGACGGUUAACCCCACUAUUCGUUGGUAGAAUAGUAGCUCAAGAGUGGGCAGUGGAUGGUGUUGACUAGCUGCCUUCCCUCUAGUCUAUCACUGCAAAAUUAGGGACGGCUAGCACAAAUAUUCGUCGUAUAGCUUUGCGUGACAUUGAAAACAAGACAAACCCUUGAAUCUGCACUCACGAUGAAGCACACUUAGUUCCUACUUAAUAAAUGUGAAAAAUAUGUAAUAAAUAAGUAUCUGGAUCUUGCAUAAUAUUCAGUGUACAGUGUUUAAGCGUAUAAGCUACAAAUAAUGAAAAAUUAUUACAAGAGCAUAAAUAUCGAUUGAAUUACAAACUGCUAACUGUUAUAAUUUAUAUUUUUCAGUACAUUUAGUGUAAGAUUAAAUUCCAGUCAACAAUAUAAGUUUAGCAGCAAUCAUAUGUUUCAAAAUAAUAACUUGAACAUAACCUUUAUCUCAAAAUUUUAAAAUUAUAACAAAACCUCUUCAUAAACAACAAUUGGAGUUUGCUUUCCAUCUGCCAACAAAUAAAGAUUUUGAGGUGAUCCCAUUCUUGAACACCCUACAUCUCAUUGACCUUCAGUGGCUCAGCAGUAAGUAUGAAGCUUGUAACGCAAAACACCAAGUUAUGAUACUUGAUGUAUACACAAUACAGAUAGUCUAUUGUGUAGCUUUGUGCUGUAACACGAAACAAACAAGUAAAACAUCAGUUUGUUAUGCAAAAUGCAAUAUUACCACAGUAAUGGGUAUGACUAAGUAGGUUGAUCAGGUUGAUUUAAUUUUACAUAUUUCUAAUAAAAAUAAUUAGUGAAUUGAUCAGUGUACUCAGAGUAAGAAAUCAGUUGAGGAAGGUUAAUUAUAUAUUGUGUGUAUUUACAGCUUGUGAGUUGAUGAGAGUGAUUACGAUGUGCAUUGUUUGUCUUUGCAGUAAGUGCUAAAAUAAUAAGAAUGGCUAUGUAUAUACUCGGCAUGUUUUACAGCAAAUAAUGAGUUGAUAAAGUUUAUUACAAUAUAUGUGGUUUGUUAUUACAGCAAGCUAUGAGUUGAUGAGGUUCGUUAUGAUUUACGUAAUUUGUUAUUAUAAGUAGUGAGAUGAUGCGGAUAAUAUAUUGUUUGUUUUUACAGUAAGUACUAAGUUGAUAAAGUUGAUUACAAUAUACAUCUUUUGUUUGUAUAGUGAAUACUGAGUUGAUGAGGUUGGUUACAGCGUGUAAUAAUUGUUAUUACAAUAAACUGUUAGUUGUGA